CUGCUAGAUGACAAUGAAUUCUGCCUCCUUUACGAUGCGAAUUACGCUAACUACCCUGUAUUUGAUCACGGGCAAUAUACCAGGUUUACACUCGAUGCAGUCUCUGAAGAAGAGUGUUUGAGCAGCUUUCGUUUCAGACAACUGGACAUUCCUUACCUUGCACAAGUUUUGCGUCUACCUGAGAAGUUCAUUUGCCCUAAUCGAACUGCAGCAUUGACGGAGGAGGCUUUAUGUAUUCUUCUCAGACGAUUCGCUUACCCUUGUCGAUAUGUAGACAUGAUGCCUCAGUUUGGGAGAUCACCGCAAGAGUUGAGUCUGAUCGCAAAUAAAGUGAUGGAUGAAAUUUACGAAACGCACGGCCACUUGCUGACAACCAUCGAUCAUCCAUGGCUAACAAGAGCUAAACGAAGAGAAAUGGCUGAUGCUGUCCAUGAAGUAGGAGCUGCACUUCCAAACUGCUGGGGAUUUGUAGACGGCACGGUAAAUAUCAGAAAAAAAUGUUUUUACACAGCAUCCCGUUCCUGCAACCCGCCCUUCCUAACUCCCCGCACCGGAAAAAUAAUUACCUGCUUGUCUCCACAUUUAUUUCAGUCAUAGAAAACCUGACAGCAGGUGACAUUGUAUAUACACCGGGUUCUCCCUUCCUCCACCCUUACCUGGAAUGGUGUUAAAUCAGUCAAUCUGAAAAGUGAAAGUUUAACAUCCCUUUUUUUCUCUAAUUUAGGUUAGGCCUGUUUGUAGACCAGGCGAGGCCCAGCGCAUACUAUACAAUGGCCAUAAGAGAGUCCAUGGCAUCAAAUUUGAGCAAGUACUUGCUGCAAAUGGCAUUAUAGUUCGAAUGUAUGGACCUGUUGGUAAGAUAACAAAGUUUAUGUACUACAGCAUACUGUUCAAACCAAAACUAGAUGCCAAGGCAUGGACAGAUAAGGAUUCUAGACUACACUUUACCGUAGUCCCCAUUGUAGCAAGGGCUUACCAAUUUCACUGAAAUUGCAUAAGUUAAGUUUUGGUCAAAGGGUUAUACACUAUAUUUCUGGGCUAGAAAUAAAACAGCAUUUGCUCAUUCACACAGAGGGCAAGAAACACGAUGCAGGAGUGCUUAGAAUGUCAGGCUUGUACCAAGACCUGGAGAGGCACUCGUGGGCACCUGAUGGCACACCUUUGUGCAUUUAUGGCGACACUGCAUACCCCUUAAGAGUACACCUGCAAACUGGGUUCAAAGGCGCAAACCUCACUCCAGAUCAAGAACAGUUCAACAAAUCUAUGUCUGAUGUCAGAACCUCUGUAGAGUGGACAUUUGGUGAAAUUGUCAAAGACUGGGCAUUCUUAGACUUCAAGAAGAAUCUCAAACUA